GGUAACACUGUUAGGUCUUGUACAUAAAUAUUGGAAACAAGAAGCUGGAUCAUCGAACCGCAUCCAACCAUCGUUUUGUCAGUUCAGUGUUGUGAGUGAGGGGAUACGCAAGUCCAGAUAUGGUUAACCUGGACAAAGAAGUCAUGAAGAAGCCGAUACCAUCGCUUUACAGUUGUUGCCUCAACAACAUUAUAACUAAUAACUAUGAUAUUCACCACCACGAAAGUCUAGAUUCACUGCCCGAUCAUAUAGUUUGUGAUAUUUAUUACAAGAUGUACUUGAAGAAUAGCUUCUAUUGGCUUUCGUACGAGUUGAGCGAAUACAAUGUGAUCUCCAAGGUACUUAGAGUGAAACACACAAGGUCACAGUUCUUGAAAAUGUUCGGAGACUUGAAAGAUUUCGACCCAGAAUUGGACAAGUUUGUAGUGAAACAGUUUGAAGAGGCGAUAAGUAACAGCAAACCGGACGAUUACUGCGUUAUAGAAAAUGGUCUUCGGAUAGGGGCAUUUUUCAGCGAAUUAGGCUGGUACCCAAUCGCUCACGAAAUCCUAAACAUGACUGAAAAAUACUGCCUGACUCUCGAGCGAAACGUCCAUAUUCUAAAGAAACUCUUAUAUCUCUACCACAGGCGAUUAUUUGUUGAAUCCUCGUAUUCACUAUUCACACACGCUGAAAACACUUUCCAGCUUGCAAACAAAGUUAUACAGGAAUUGGAGGAUUUGCAGACAUUGCCGAAUCUGUGCGGACUCUACGCAAUUUUCGCGCAUUUGUUCGUAAUGCGAAGUGAAUACAAUGAGGCUUAUAAAUGGGCACACAAAUCGAUAACUCUGUUGAAAAGCAGCAUGCCCACAAGGAUGAUCAUAGAUGUACUUAGAAUAUCGUCGAGAGCUUGCGUCUUCAAAAGGAAAUUUGCGCACGCCGCCCUUUUGAUCGAGCAAGCACUGUGCCUUGCCGAGAGAAAGUUCAAACACGAUAAAAACCCAAUUUUAGCGGACAUCUUGAUGGACUACGGCUUCUACCUUUUGAACACCGACCGUUUCGAAGACAGCGUCAAAUUAUAUAGAAAAGCCGUGGACAUUAGGUUGAGUAUGUUUGGUGCGAAGAGUCUGAAGGUGGCGUUCGUGAAAGAAGACCUGGCUUACGCGAUGUACGUCCACGAAUACAGUUCGGGUGAUUUCACCGAAGCUAUAAAAGUGAUCACAGAGUCAAUAGACGUUCUGACAGAUUUGGUGCCAAAGAACCACCUGGCUUUAGCGUCCACGCAUCGCGUGAAAGCUUUGAUCCUUGAGGAGAUGGCCAUCGAUAUGCGUCAUCAGGCCAACCAAGAAACUCGCGACAAAUUCUUCAUCACCGCCGAGACUUUGCACAAGGAAGCACUGGAUGUUUCGUUGGAGUUCUUCGGCAAAAUCAACGUGCACACUGCCAAACAUUACGGGAAUUUGGGACGGCUAUACCAAAGCAUGAAUAGGUACGAACAGGCAGAGAAGAUGCACCUUCAGGCUAUCCAAAUUAAGGAGCAUCUCUUGGGCGCCGAUGAUUACGAAGUGGGACUGAGUUUAGGACACUUGGCUUCGUUGUACAACUUCCAUAUGCGUAGGUACAGGGACGCGGAGAAACUAUACCUGCGCUCCAUUGACAUCAGCUUGAAGCUGUUCGGAGAGACGUAUUCCUGCUUGGAGUACGAUUAUCGGGGACUGAUCAAGGUAUACACAGAACUCGAAGAUAUUGUCAAAUUGGAGAGGUUCACCGACGUAAUAAAGGACUGGAAGGACAGGAGGAAGGACAUGGUUGUCCCAAAGAUUCCGACCACAGAACUGAGCGUGCAAACUAUCAUCCAAAAAUUCACAGCGCAAUGUUAGGAUAGUUAACAUUUGCUUGUUGCUAGUCAAUAACGUCUAAAGCAGAAUUUAUCUACAAUCCAGAAAAAAAAAACGGAAUCUCAAUGUUUGCAAUUUUUUUUUAAAU